GUUUUGUUUUGGAUGGACGUGUAAUCAACUACCGGCAUAAUAUUUGUGAAAUUAAAUCAGUUUCUAUCAUAAUAAAAUCCUUAUAAGUGUGUUUUCAGCAAUUUUACAAUCAUAAGUGUGUUGAAGAUUCUAAUUUCAUACGAAUUAUUGAAGUGUCAAGAUGGGUGUAGAAAUAAAAUGGAGAGGAUAUCGAAUGUCUGUAGAAAAGCAAGAGACACUUCUAAAAUUUGGUAUUCUCACAAUAGCAGCAAUUCUGUCCUUCGCAACUCGUCUAUUUUCUGUCCUUCGCUUCGAAAGCGUCAUUCAUGAAUUUGAUCCAUAUUUCAACUAUAGAACAACAGUUUACCUUGCUGAAGAGGGAUACUACAAAUUUCUAAAUUGGUUUGAUGAUACUGCCUGGUAUCCUCUUGGCAGAAUUAUCGGAGGUACUAUCUACCCCGGGCUCAUGGUCACGUCUGCCAUUCUCUACCAUAUUAUGUGGUUCCUCAAUAUUACCAUUGACAUCAGAAAUGUCUGCGUUUUCUUAGCCCCCCUUUUCUCAAGUUUUACAACUUUAAUCACUUAUAUGCUGACAAAGGAAGUCACGAAUACAUCCGCAGGUUUAGUUGCUGCUGCCUUCAUUUCCAUAGUCCCAGGAUAUAUUUCUAGAUCUGUGGCUGGCUCUUACGAUAAUGAAGCCAUUGCUAUCUUCUGCAUGUUACUUACUUAUUAUACGUGGAUCAAAGCUGUCAAAACUGGAACGAUUUUGUGGGCAACAUUAUCAGCUCUAGCUUACUUCUACAUGGUUUCUUCUUGGGGAGGUUACGUUUUUCUCAUCAACUUGAUCCCUAUGCAUGUCUUAAUUCUGAUGAUCACUGGAAGAUUUUCGCACCGUAUCUACAUUGCCUACAGCACCCUCUACUGCGUGGGCACCAUCCUCUCAAUGCAAAUUCCUUUUGUUGGAUUCCAGCCUGUCCAAAGUUCAGAACAUAUGCUGGCUUUGGGAGUCUUUGGUCUGUGCCAAAUUCAUGCUGCGGUCGAUUACAUGAGGAGCAAAUUAUCAAGCGAAGACUUUGAUUAUCUGUUCAAAACUAUCGUUACCUCUGCUGCUGCUGUAGCUAUUAUAGUUGGAGGUCUACUAACAAUUACAGGGAAAAUUGCUCCUUGGACUGGAAGGUUCUACACUCUGCUGGAUCCAUCCUAUGCUAAAAACCAUAUUCCAAUCAUUGCAUCCGUCUCUGAGCAUCAACCGACUGCAUGGUCAAGUUUUUAUUUCGAUCUUCAAGUCCUCGUUUUCCUCUUUCCUGCGGGGCUCUACUUCUGCUUCUCGAAAUUAACGGACUCCAACAUUUUCAUCAUCCUGUAUGGAGUCACCAGCAUUUAUUUUGCGGGCGUGAUGGUACGUUUGAUGUUGGUUUUGGCCCCAAUCAUGUGUAUACUCUCCGGCAUUGCUGUUUCGUCACUGCUCAACCUUUACAUGAAAGAGAUCGAUUUCAACCCGAAGAAAGUGGAGAAGAAACCGCACAAGAAACAAGAUAACAUGGUCAUGAAAAGCGAAAUCGCCAUUGUUUUUGUUGCUGUCAUUACGUUUUUGUUAAUGUCGUACACGUACCACUGCACUUGGGUCACGUCAGAAGCUUACAGUGCCCCAAGUAUUGUUCUUUCAGCUCAUACACAUGAUAGGUCCUUAAUUAUCUUCGAUGAUUUCAGGGAAGCUUACUUCUGGCUCCGGCAAAACACUCCUCCCAAUUCAAGAAUUAUGUCGUGGUGGGAUUAUGGCUAUCAAAUAUCAGCGAUGGCGAAUCGAACGAUAUUAGUGGACAACAAUACUUGGAACAAUACUCAUAUAUCAAGAGUCGGGCAGGCCAUGGCAUCAUCUGAGGAAGACGCCUAUGAAAUAAUGAGAGAGUUGGAUGUUGAUUACGUCUUGGUCAUUUUCGGUGGAGUCGUUGGCUACUCAUCUGAUGAUAUCAACAAAUUCUUGUGGAUGGUUCGAAUUGGAGGCUCGACAGAUCGAGGACGACACAUAAAAGAAUGGGACUACUAUUCACCAACUGGAGAGUUUAAAGUAGACAAAGAUGGAUCUCAGAAUAUGCUCAAUUGUCUCAUGUACAAAAUGUGCUAUUAUAGAUUCGGCGGUGUUUACACGGAGGAAGGCAAACCUCCUGGUUAUGACCGUGUGCGCAGUGCAGAAAUAGGCAACAAAGACUUUGAACUAGACGUUUUAGAGGAGGCCUACACGACAGAGCAUUGGUUGGUUCGGAUCUACAAAGUGAAAGGACUUCGAAACAGAGGUGUUUAGUGUAUUUAGUUGGUUUUUAGUAAUUUUUAUUUUUUUAUUUCUUUCAAUUUUUUUAUCAUUUUUUCUUUUUUUUGGGGAUGGAAAGUUAAUGAAAGUUUGUGAUCUGUUUCUUUAUAUCAUCCAUGCAAAAUGUUUUAAUGAAGUGCACAUGUUUUUUGUGAUAUAUUGAGCCAGUGAAUUUACUUAUCCUAAGAUAAGACACUUAGAGAUCUUUUCUCCAUACGCAAUUCAUGUGAACAAUACUCUACUCUUUGAGGUAGAAAGAACUUUCAUGUUCCUAAUUGUACUUUUUAUUAAUACUUAAAUUUCAGCAUUGCUUCCUAAAAAUUCCUUACGAUUGGAAUUAAGAAAUUUAGAACAAAUCGUCAAACUUAUCAAGGCACAUUGUUGAACGUAAACUAAUGGAAAAAAUUGCUAGAUAUUUAAUAUUGUGAGAUAUCACUCUACAGCAGCUAGAAAAAAUAUGGUGUCUCCUCAGAUCUUACUAUUUUUGCAUAAAUGUGCUAGCAUUAAGUAUGAAGACAUGAUUUUAUGACACGUUCAAGUAACCCAUCCCGUUUGAUGCAGAACUUUCUUGCUAUGUGCGCCUGUGAAUUUCGAAUUCUCGGCAUCCCACCAUAUUUCCUCCGAAUUUUUGCAUUUAGUUAUCUACUUAUUACUACAUAUUGAAGGUUUGACUGUAAGCACUUCUGUUUUCAGCAUUACGACAUCUUUAUGAUGCGUGCAUGUAUCUUAUAUUUCACCACUAGUUUUCAGUUCUACACCCACAUUUUUGUGUCAUCGCAGCUAUGAGGCCAUACAUGAUAUUUACCGGAAAGGUAUUUUUGCGCUAGCCUCCAUAGAAUUAAGGUUUAUUUCAAGACCUGGAAUCAACAAGAGGGCGUUCAAGUAUUGCCUUUAUCAUUUUGGCCGACUUUUUGAACCCUCUCUCUCUCGUAAGCCACCUGUAAGAAAACCUCUGAAUCCUCUUUUUUAAUUACUUAAGCCUGGCCUGAUCGACCCUCCCCCUUUCUAAAUUUUUCUAAAAGAUUUCGCAGGAAACCUAAAAAAUUGCCAGAAAAAGUAUUUUUAUCGAAAAAUAUUAUUUUUUUUUGCUCCUUUUUUUUCAAAGAGAUGCUUUUAUGUAAUCCCGGAGUCGACUUCCUCUUCCUUCCCCCCUUAAGCAGCUUACGUAAUACCUGAACGGCCCUCAACCUUUAUUUUUACUUUAAAUUUGUCUCUGAAAACUGGGAGAUUUUAGUAGGAAUAAAUUUAAAAACAAUUAUCAAUUUGAGAAUUUGAGUGUAUUGAAAUAAAUAUUUUUUUAAUUUUAUAUGAUUCCAUGUAAUACUUAGUCGAAUUUUACUCUUCAGGGCACAGCAUUCUUAGAUUCUACUUUUUGACCCUUUGCUAACGGAAACAUGAAAGUAUGGAUUGAAAUUUUCAGGGAAUAGCUGUCGCUAUUUGUCGAGUCUACCUCAAUGUCCCACUGAUGUAGUUGCUACUGCCCUGAUUUUUUAUGUACGUGCAAUUUUCUUUCUUGGAGCACUUCUCAUCCUCACUUCAAUAAUGAAUUGUGCUCAAAUCCUUGGGAAUUACUUUAUAUUUGAUUUAAAUCUUAAAAUUAGUGCUAGGUUAAAAAAAUUGCGUCUGUGAGACAGCUUCCUAUUUUUAUACCUUUAUCUGCUCUUGUGAACCUCAUUUUUUCAUUGCCAAGCUAGGUUUUCUUGAUUUUGAGAUUCCUCUUCCGGCAGACGGUCACAAGUAGAAAAAAAAGAGGGAACUAAAUUUUUACAUUCCUUACUUAUGCUGUUGAUCGAAGCAUAUGAAUGAAAGUAAGAUCGGUUAAAAUAGAAAUACUGGUUUCCCAAGUUGACUAUAGAUAAGGAAAUCCAAUUCGCAGUGUAGUCAAAUUAACAGGGCAAAAUAUUAAUUUUUUUUAACACCUUACGUUUAAUAAGAUUAAUUGUUGUUAUUUGAUUGUAUUGAUAUCUUUUUAGCUGUACAUUGAGCUGGUUUUUCAGCAUUUUGUGUAAAAUGUUAGUUUUAAUGUUGAAGUAAUCUAUGUGUCUUCAGAUUUAGAACUGUUGUACAUAAUUCAGUCAAUGGGAACUGUCUUCUAAAAAAUUUCACAUUUUCUAACUGAAGGGAAUGACAGUUGGCAAAGAACAAUAAAAAGAUGUUUUUCAA